AUGAAGUUCUUCCUUUUUACCUGUCUUUUGGCUGUUGCUCUUGCAAAGCAUGAGAUGGGCCAUGUCUCCUCCAGUGAGAAAUAUAAGCAGGGAAAGAAUGUGGUCCUUCAUCCCAACAAGAAUAUUUGUUCCACAUCCUGUGAGCCUAAGGAAAGUGCUGAAGUUCCCAGGGAAAAAGUUCAGGUUACUGUGGAAGAUAAGCAAUACCUGAAACAACUGAGCAAAAUAAGUCAGUUUUAUCAGAAGUUCCCCCAAUAUAUCCAGGCUCUAUAUCAAGGUCCAACUGUUAUGAACCCAUGGGGUCAAGUUAAGAGAAGUGCUGAACCCUUUAUUACCACCGUGAGCAGACAGCGGCUCUCUACCAAUGAGGAAAAUCCAAAGAAGACUGUUGAUAUGGAAUCAACGGAAGUACUCACUAAGAAAACUGCAUUGACUGAAGAAGGAAAGAAUCGCCUAAAAUUUCUGGACAAAAUCAACCAAUAUUAUCAGAAAUUAACCUGGCCCCAGUAUCUCAAGACUAUUUCUCAGUAUCAGAAAACUACGAAGCCAUGGAGUCACUUUAAGACAAAUGUUAUCUCCUAUCUGGAUUACAGCGGCAAUCCUGGCAGUCAUUACCCAGUUAACCCAACUCUGAAUAUUCCUUAUCCCAUACCAGACAGUGAUUUCACUCCUCCUGUCUAUCCUACAAGGAAUAAGUUCCCCAAUUACCCUGGGAAUCCUGACCCUGCACCUACUGCAGCCGAUCCAUAUGUACCUAAGCCUCUUGCCCCACCUACUAUCCCAGAGACUGAGCCACCUGCUGUGACAGAGUCUGAUGAAGCAGAAACUGCAGCAGCUGCCCCAGGACCUCAGACCUCUACUUCUCUUGACCAGGUGGAAGAUCUUCUUGGAAAAAGAAUACGGAAAAUCAAACUUCCUUCACUGAAAUGUGACCAGAACAAUAAGUAA